CCGCCCGCAGGUGCAGCCCGCUCCGGCCGGCCGGGCGCUCGGCGCGGCACGCAGCAUGCGCCCGCAGCCCUAGCCCGGGGAGGCCGGCCGGCUCCGCUGCGGGACGAUGCCCCAGCGCUGGCGCUGCCCGCCGACUCUGCUCGUGGAGUACUGCGCCCGGCUCCUCUGCUGCGCCGCCUGGAUGCGGGCCGCCCAGGGCAUGCCGCAUGUCAUCCGGAUCGGGGGGAUCUUCGAGUAUGUGGACGGCCCCAACGCCCAGGUGAUGAACGCCGAGGAGCAAGCCUUCAGGUUUUCUGCCAACAUCAUUAAUAGAAAUAGGACUCUGCUGCCCAACACAACGCUAACGUAUGACAUUCAGAGGAUACACUUCCAUGACAGUUUUGAAGCCACUAAGAAAGCCUGUGACCAGCUCGCUCUUGGGGUGGUAGCAAUAUUUGGGCCUUCUCAAGGCUCCUGUACCAAUGCCGUUCAGUCCAUUUGCAAUGCACUGGAAGUCCCCCACAUACAACUCCGGUGGAAGCAUCACCCGUUGGAUAACAAGGACACUUUCUAUGUCAACCUUUACCCUGACUAUGCUUCUCUGAGCCAUGCCAUUCUGGACCUCGUACAGUAUUUGAAAUGGAGGUCAGCUACCGUUGUGUAUGAUGACAGUACAGGCCUCAUCCGGCUGCAGGAGCUCAUCAUGGCCCCGUCGCGGUACAACAUCCGGCUCAAGAUCCGCCAGCUGCCCCUGGACACGGAGGACGCGCGGCCGCUGCUCAAGGAGAUGAAGCGGGGCAGGGAGUUUCGCAUCAUCUUCGACUGCAGCCACCUCAUGGCCGCGCAGAUCCUCAAGCAGGCCAUGGCCAUGGGGAUGAUGACGGAGUACUACCACUUCAUCUUCACGACGCUGGAUCUUUAUGCAUUAGACCUAGAGCCAUACCGCUACUCCGGAGUGAACCUGACCGGCUUCCGCAUCCUCAAUGUGGAGAACCCCUACGUGUCCUCCAUCGUUGAGAAGUGGUCCAUGGAGCGCCUGCAGUCAGCGCCCAAGGCCGAGACGGGACUGCUGGACGGGGUGAUGAUGACAGAUGCUGCCCUGUUGUACGACGCGGUCCACAUCGUCUCGGUGUGCUACCAGCGCGCCCCGCAGAUGACCGUCAACUCCCUGCAGUGCCAUCGACACAAGGCCUGGAGGUUCGGCGGGCGCUUCAUGAAUUUUAUAAAAGAGGCCCAGUGGGAAGGAUUAACUGGACGGAUCGUCUUCAACAAAACCAGCGGGUUAAGGACCGACUUUGACUUGGACAUUGUCAGCCUCAAAGAAGACGGCCUGGAAAAGGUCGGAGUGUGGAACCCGUCCGAGGGCUUGAAUAUCACAGAGAUCUCCAAGGGACAAGGGCCCAACGUCACCGACUCGCUGACCAACCGGUCUCUAAUUGUCACCACCAUCCUGGAGGAGCCCUUCGUCAUGUUCAGGAAGUCGGACACGGCCCUUUUUGGGGUAGACCGCUUCGAAGGUUACUGCAUCGACCUGCUGAGGGAGCUGGCCAACAUCCUGGGCUUCACCUACGACAUCCGGCUCGUGGAGGACGGGAAGUACGGGGCGCAGGACGAGAAGGGCCAGUGGAACGGCAUGGUCAGGGAGCUCAUUGACCACAAAGCGGACUUGGCCGUUGCUCCUCUCACCAUCACGCACGUGCGGGAGAAAGCGAUUGACUUCUCCAAGCCCUUCAUGACCCUGGGGGUCAGCAUCCUGUACCGGAAGCCCAACGGGACCAACCCCAGUGUGUUUUCCUUCCUCAACCCCUUGUCUCCCGACAUUUGGAUGUACAUCCUCCUCGCCUACCUGGGGGUCAGCUGCGUGCUGUUUGUCAUAGCCAGGUUCAGCCCGUACGAGUGGUACGACGCUCACCCCUGCAACCCGGGGUCCGACAUUGUGGAGAACAACUUCACGCUGCUGAACAGCUUCUGGUUCGGGAUGGGAGCCUUAAUGCAGCAAGGGUCUGAGCUGAUGCCCAAAGCGCUGUCCACGCGGAUCAUCGGCGGUAUCUGGUGGUUCUUCACGCUCAUCAUCAUCUCUUCCUACACGGCCAACCUGGCCGCCUUCCUGACCGUGGAGAGGAUGGAGUCUCCCAUCGACUCUGCCGACGACCUGGCAAAGCAGACGAAGAUCGAGUACGGCGCUGUGAAGGAUGGAGCUACGAUGACCUUCUUCAAGAAGCCAUUAGAAAUGAGAGGGGAAAGGUGGCAGGCUCCUCUCAGCCGGCUGCUCAUAAGAAAGGUGGCAGUUUCCGAAAUCCCGCUCCCGCCCGCCCGGCGGGAUGGACGGAGGCGUCCGUGGAGCCUGGGCCCUGGGCCCGCGUGGAGAAGACAAGCCCACCCCAAAGCCACGCGCGGCUCUAGUGCAGCCUGGCAGACGACAGCUGCCGUCCCGGCGGCAGGCGAGGACGCGGCAGCCCUUCUAGUUUGCCACCGUCGGCCCGAACGCGCGUUCGCAUUUCCAGCCUCGCUCCAGCUGAGUUUAGACAACUCCUGUUCGUCUUUCAAAGAAGCGGCUGACUUCGGAUUCUGGGUUUCAUGCGCAGAGCUUGCAUCCCAGCGGCAACAUCGUCUCUCUCGCUGAAACGAUGGAAAGGAAGAGCUAUAUCGAGAGCAGAAGGUGGCCAGGAAAACACACCUCCCUUUCCCCAAGCUAGCUACUUCCCUCUGCACCUCUGAGCAAACGGCCCCGCUGCCCUGACACGCAUUUCUUACAUUUGCUCGGGGCUGUCCAAGCUGCAGGAAACAGUCGGUUUCAAAAUCCAAGGGGAAGUUAAAAGCAAAGCCCGAAAUCUUCUGGGUACCCACUUCUCUCUUUAAAUGCUCAGAGCUGCAGAGAGGUAACAAAGCACUGGACAAAGCAGCUUCCCUUGUACUCAGAAUAUGUUUAAAAAUAAAUGAAUAAAUGUAACAACCGCUAUUUAUUGAUCACCACAAGAGGCGGGCGCAGUUUCACUCUCCGCUGGUCCAGAUUUGCAGGUGACCAUCUGGAGUCCCCAGCGGUUGUUGCCAGCAAGAGAAAUCCCUGCAGAUUAACCUUUUCUCUCCUAACUCGACAACUGCAGUAAAUUGGCCAUGAAAUAGUCACCUAUUACACACCUCCAACCGAUGGCAUUACAUUAAAAAUCCCGUUCAUUAAAACGCGCGACACAGCAGCAAGCAAAUGCGCCGCGCAGCUGAAAAUAACACGUGGGAAAGCAGAGGAAAUAUCCAAAAGCCAAACCUAGGUCGGACCGUGCAUGAGAGACCAAAGCAAACAGGACCACGGCUAAGCAGCCCUGUCGGCGUGUUGCACACGCAGCAGACCCGGGCAGCACGCUGCUCUGGCGGGGCGGACAGCAGAAGGGUGCAGGCAGGAAUAUCCGGGGCUGAGAUGGGCGAGUGCCCGGGAAGCACUUGCUGUCACCUGGAUGAACCUGGCACGAGACAGGUGCUGGAUGGAGGGGGACCUCCCUGGCACAGGUAACAGAGGGCAGACCUCCAUCUGCACUGACAGCAGAGAGGACGGGUGCUGUCCUGGGCCUAACGAGGGAGGAGGAUUCCCCUGGAUCACAUCCUCAUCCCCACCCAAGCCUGAGGCCGGCUUCUGGCAGUCACGGCAGGGAGAGGAAGACAAGGAGCAGAGUGCACGGUUGUUACCAGCGUAUGCUGCAGACACACGUCUGCUCUGAUAAAUGAAAUGCAGAUUAUCAGAGUGCCGUCGCAUCCCCUGCCGCCUGGAAACCCGCUUGCAACAGCAGCCAGGGCAGAGAUCACAUCCUCUUCUCUGCUGCUCCAAAUGCUCCCGGGUGGGGACCGCGGCGGGCUCCCUUGCCCCAGCCCGCCGUCCAGCCCUGCUCUGCUCACUGCACGGGGCAGCUUGCAACUGCAGCGUCCUUGGACUGUCCCGGCUGCCUCCCCGUGUCACGGAUGAGAUCCCCUGCCUUCCCGAGCGAGGCACGUCCCUGCCCACAUGCUCGGCGUAAGCUGAUGUUGCUCCACCGACUUCAGGGGAUGGCAGCAGGUUGAUGUUCUGCGUUAGGCUGGUCCGUUUCCGGCAGAGUUUAGGGAUCGGUAAUGCAGCGUCCAGCCUCCUUCGUGCUGCAGCAGCCCUGCUGAAAUCGCUUUCAAGUUACUCUGCCUUUGCACGGCCGUAACUGGGAUCAGAAGCCAGCCCAAUAGGCUGCACAAACGCUCGGCGUGCAUCCGCUGUUCACACCAGGUUGCCUGCACAAUUGGACACACCAGUGUCUAACUGGGGAUGAGCGGCUGUGAACUGAGAGCUCAGCAGAGAUUUCACAGGCAUCUUUGGGAUAUGUAGAAAUGUCAAUCCAAAGGAAAGCCGCUUUGCAAGCCAUGUUGCGACACAGGAUCUUGCUGUUUGAAGACCACGGAUAGGCCUCCACCAUGUUUAAAAUGCACCUCUGCAAAUUCUGGAGGGGGGAAAGCGGCUUUUGGCUUCUAAGUUUAGCAAAUUUGGGCUUCUACUUUGCUAAAAAUGCUGCUGUCUCAGUUCACAGUUGCUAUCUCUUACUGUAUUUGCUCUUUCCUUUUUGACCUCUAUUUACACCAACGAAGUAACACAAGGGUGGGCUUGUGUUUUGGGUGAGAGCGGGGUAUACCCUGAGCCUAGGCUCCAGGAAAGCAGACUGGAUAUACAAGGAGGGGGAGGUUGUGAUCCAAGGUAUUCGUCUUUCCAAGGUGCGCAACUGAGUCGAGUCCUCCGGUAAGUGAUUGUGGCAGGAGAGUCGGCCAGGACUGAGCCCCACGGUGUCUCUUGGGGCAGACGUCAACCCGGAGCCAGGCGUCCUGCACCGCCUGGCUGCCGCGUGACAGGCCCGGCGACGGUCCCGCAGCACCGGUGUCCUUGCAAAGGCAGCAGCCCCGCGCGACGUGCCGACCUGCUGUGCGAGACCGAGUCGUUGAACGUCCCCGCAGCUCCCCUGCCCUGGGAAGCGCCCGCCGGGCCGCGGCGAGCGAGCUGCCGGGACGGGCCGGAUCCCCGCGCGCUGCUGGCGAUGCCCUCCGUCGCCUAGCCCUUCCUUUGACAUUUCUCAAGAAAAUAAAAAACAAAACAACAACAGCAAAACCAGUCUCCGUGACAUUCAGGGGAUUUUCCUUUGUGGACAUGCAGAAUUUCUAUGAAUAUAGUUUUUUUGUAAACAUUUUGUAACGAUUUUGGUUUCAUAGUAACUGUGUUACUUGCGGAUCAUUCGAGGCGGAUGUAAAUACAAUUUCCAAAAAAACAAAAACAAAAAAAAGAGAGGCAGAAAAAAAAUUCUGAUUAUUUUCCUUUUUAAGACACUGUGAUAUAUCAAAAGUGCACAGUUUGCUGUAUGAGGUAAUAUGGUUUUAAAUUUUAAAUAAAAAAAAACACAUUUCUAGAAAACA